GUGACUUCCAGAAGCUUGUGAUAGUCAGAAAAAAAAUGAAUGGUGUCAAAAUAUUGAGAUAAAAUUGGUGGAAAAAGUGAAAGAAAUUCGUGCAUUUCUGCCCCCUGGAUCACAUUUGCAUCUCAAGUGUUCUUAUAUUUAAACAAAGUUAUGCAGACAUUUGUAUUCUGGGGACACGGAUUGUCGAAUAGUUAAGAUUUUUCGUUGAGGUCGUCCCCCCCCAGAGCCCCAUUUCGCGCAGACUUUCAUUUCAUUUUCAAUCCUCGGUUACUCCGCUGAGUCGCCAAUUUCUUCUCAUUUCCGCCCACUCAGCAUUGCGCUGAAAGGGCCCCCAGUUGCAAAACAACCCUCCGCACACACACACAACGCACGAGAUUUGUGUUGACGCCCGGAUACAUCCGGACGUAAAAGCAAACCAGACAUCCCGCAGCCAAGUUUCGUCAAACAGGAAGCACUAGACAAGAUGAUUAGGCCAAAUGCACCGAAGAAGGAGAGCAAAAUGCGGAUUAGGGCAUUCCCCAUGACGAUGGAUGAGAAGUAUGUGGAAUCAAUUUGGGCAUUACUGAAGAAUGCCAUUCAGGAGAUACAGAAGAAGAAUAAUUCGGGAUUGUCAUUUGAGGAGUUGUACAGGAAUGCCUACACAAUGGUGCUGCAUAAGCACGGUGAGAGGCUGUAUGCGGGCCUCAAGGAGGUCGUAACACACCAUUUGGACACAAAGGUACGCGUGGAGGUGGAGCAGAGUCUCAACAAUAACUUCCUGCAGACACUGAAUCUAGCAUGGAAUGACCAUCAGACAUCCAUGGUGAUGACACGAGAUAUCCUCAUGUACAUGGAUCGUGUCUACGUGCAGCAACACGAUGUGGAUAAUGUUUACAAUCUGGGAUUGAACAUUUUUCGCGAUCAGGUGGUACGCUACCCACCGAUUAGGGAGCAUUUGCGCGAAACUCUGCUGGGGAUGGUGAUGCGCGAGCGCAAGGGGGAGGUUGUGGAUCACAUUGCAAUUAAGAAUGCGUGUCAAAUGCUCGUGGUGUUGGGCAUUAAUAGCCACUGGGUGUAUGAGGAGCACUUUGAGCGUCCCUUCCUGGCACAAUCGGCGGCCUUCUACAAAAUGGAAUCUCAGAAGUUUAUCUCCGAGAAUAGCGCCAGUGUCUACAUAAAACGCGUCGAGGCGCGCAUUACGGAGGAAGCGGAAAGGGCUAAAUUGUAUUUGGACAAACAAACUGAAUCCCGCAUAAUUUCCGUGGUUGAGGAUGAGCUAAUAAAGAAGCAUAUGCGCUCAAUUGUUGAAAUGGAAAACUCAGGGGUAGUGUACAUGCUGAAGAAUACAAAAUUCGACGAUUUGGCGUGCAUGUACACACUCUUUUCGCGUGUUGAUGAUGGCUUGAAGACAAUUGUGGAUUGUGUGUCGGGCUACCUGCGUGAGCAGGGGCGGAUGCUGGUGAAGGAGGAAGAAACCGGGACGAAUCCCAUUACAUACGUGCAGAAUUUGCUUGAUCUCAAGGAUCGCUUUGACCACUUCCUCAAUCACUCCUUUAACAAUGACAAAAUCUUCAAGCAAAUGAUUUCAUCGGAUUUUGAGCAUUUUCUCAAUCUCAACAGCAAAUCCCCCGAAUAUCUCUCACUCUUCAUUGAUGAUAAGCUCAAGAAAGGUGGAAAAGGGAUGACGGAACAGGAAAUUGAGACAAUUCUCGACAAGACAAUGGUUCUCUUCCGCUAUUUACUUGAGAAGGAUGUCUUUGAGCGUUACUACAAAAAUCACUUGGCUAAGCGACUCCUACUUAAUAAAUCCGUUAGCGAUGAUUCUGAGAAGAACAUGAUUUCGAAGCUAAAGACUGAAUGUGGCUGCCAGUUCACAUCGAAGCUGGAGGGCAUGUUUAAGGAUAUGUCCGUGUCAAAUACGAUAAUGGAGGAAUUUAAGACGCACGUAAUGAAUGAAGGCAUCACCCUUGCGGGCGUGGAUCUAACUGUGAGGAUACUAACAACGGGCUUCUGGCCAACACAGUCAGCCACACCAAAUUGCAAUAUCCCCAGUGCACCGCGUCAGGCUUUUGAGACAUUCAAGAGGUUCUACCUGGCGAAGCAUUCGGGGCGUCAGUUGACGCUACAACCGCAAAUGGGGACAGCCUAUAUUAAUGCAAUCUUCUAUGGUUGCUCCAAAGUGGAUGCUGAGAAUAAGGAUGGUGCAAGUUCAAGUUCCGGAAGUGGAGCUGGUGGUCCAACAACCACACGCAAGCAUGUCCUACAAGUGUCCACCUAUCAGAUGUGCGUUUUAAUGCUGUUCAACAAUCGCGAUCGUUUGACCUACGAGGAAAUUCAGCAGGAGACAGAUAUCCCGGAGAAGGACCUCAUUAGAGCCCUACAGAGCCUUUCAAUGGGCAAAGCGGGGCAAAGGUUACUCGUACGGACACCCAAGACAAAGGAUAUUGAGCCAACAAAUGAAUUCCUCGUGAAUGAUGCGUUUGUGUCGAAAUUCCAUCGUGUUAAGAUACAAACGGUGGCAGCAAAGGGAGAGUCCGAGCCAGAGCGCAAGGAGACACGCAGCAAGGUGGAUGAGGAUCGGAAGCAUGAAAUUGAAGCAGCUAUUGUACGAAUUAUGAAGCUGAGGAAAACUAUGUCGCACAACAUGCUGGUGUCUGAUGUGACGAGUCAACUGAAGGCGCGUUUCUUGCCGUCACCUGUAGUCAUAAAGAAGCGAAUAGAGGGGCUCAUUGAGCGGGAAUAUUUGGCCCGUACGCCCGAGGAUAGGAAAACUUAUGUGUAUUUGGCAUAAAAGACACACCCACACACAUUUUGAGCAAUUUUUUGUCCCUUUAGGUGUGCGCAAAUUUGUCAAUGCGGGGGGAGAAGCUAAACACACAGACAGAGUGGGUGAAUGAAAAAGUUCUUUUAUUUCGUGUAUAUUUAAAUUUCUUUUUCUCCCCCCACCCAUUUGAUGAGGAGAGUAACUGUGAAAUGAUAAAAUAUUGUCCUUAAUCGCGAAAACCUUUUUUCCCUUCAAAAAAAAAUUAAAAAUCUUUUUUUAUUCGGCCCAGUCAAAAUUUAAAUUUCUGGUUCAGAGAGAGGAUUAAACUUUGAGAGAAGUCAAUAAAUGAUUUUCAAUUAAAA